AUGGAUCCUACAAGAGCCCCCGACUUCAAGCCACUUCAAGGCGAUGAUAAGCCAGAGCCGCCGCUGGCGCCGGAUUCAGAGAUUCCUGAGAACGGGCCGAUCAUGCCGUUUGUGUUGGCGGAUUACAACACCUCCAUCGACGCACCAAUUCACCCGAAGAGCUAUAAAAAGUCUAUGAAGCGCAACAGCUCGCAGCCCUCGAACUGCAGCAAGGGUCGUGGCGGCAGUGGGUCGAUUCCGCUGAAGCGCAGCGGGCUGGAGCCGUUUUCGAACGAUGUGUCGUCGGAAUCCGAGUGCGGCGAAGAGGACGAGCAGCAGGGUGAGAGCCAUGCAGCGGACGCGAACAGCAGCAAGUUGAGAAGCAUGGUGCAAAAUAUCGCGGACCUCGAGGAGGUGCCCUGUGGCAUCAUCCGCCAGGCACGUAUAUUGGAGGACUACGAGUUCCCAACCCACCGGCUGAAGACCACGCUGCACAACGCCAAUAAACUGCCGCUGGUGAUUGUAGCCUGCGGAUCGUUCUCACCGAUCACACAUCUUCACCUGCGGAUGUUCGAGAUGGCCAUGGAUGCCAUUGUUGAGCAGACUCGCUUCGAGGUGGUUGGGGGCUACUAUUCGCCGGUGAGCGACAACUACAACAAGCCCGGUCUCGCCUCGGCAACGCACCGGGUGCGCAUGUGCGAACUUGCCUGCGAGCGGACGUCCUCAUGGCUCAUGGUGGACGCCUGGGAGUCGCUUCAGCCGCAGUAUACGCGAACAGCAAAGGUUCUGGACCACUUCAACGACGAGAUUAACGUUAAGCGUGGCGGGAUAAAGACAUCGACUGGCGAUCGCAUCGGGGUGAAGAUCAUGUUGCUAGCUGGAGGCGAUCUGAUUGAAUCUAUGGGAGAGCCCAACGUCUGGGCCGAUGCUGAUCUACACCAUAUUCUUGGCAAUUACGGCUGUCUCAUUGUCGAGCGCACUGGCUCGGACGUCCGCUCGUUCCUCCUUUCCCACGACAUCAUGUAUGAGCACCGCCGGAACAUCCUGGUUAUCAAACAGAUGAUCUACAACGAUAUAUCAUCGACGAAAGUACGUCUUUUCAUUCGCAGGGGGAUGUCUGUACAAUACCUGCUGCCGAAUUCAGUCAUUCGUUAUAUCCAAGAAUAUGGCCUUUAUGUGAAUGAACAUGAACCUGUACAGCAGGUCAUCAGCAAUAAGGAUUAA